UGAAUGGUGUGGGUCGCCAGUCACAACAAAGUGGCUCAGCUGCUCCUGUUUUGGCGCGCCGUAUCUGCUGUCAUGGCGUCACACGCCGCUGAGGCUGAUGCUAAGCCCUCCACCCCGGGGAAGCUCUCCUUGGAAGAUGUCAGGUGUCCCAUAUGUCUAGACAUCCUGAUGGAGCCGGUGACGAUGCCGUGUCGACACUCUGUGUGUAUGCCGUGCUUCAACCAGCACGUCGCCCACUCCGCCCUCGCCUGCCCUAUAUGUCGCAGACGAAUCAGUGUGUGGGUGCGUCGUGCUGCUAAAGCUAAGAAAUUAAUCAACACAAGACUGUGGCAGAAUAUUCAAAACAGUUUUGCUGCCAAGGUGGAAGCUCGUCUUCAUGGAUUAGAAGAUUCAGAUACUGAAGAAAUAAAUGUUCCGGUGCAUCAUUUGAGUGCUCCAGGGGAGAUUCGUCAAGAAUAUGAAACCCUGUUGGCUCAAGAACAUCGCGAUGAAAUUGAAAGAAGAACCGAGGAAGAAUGGGCUUCAAAUAAACUCAUUCAAGAACUGCAGAAUAGUGAAAAAAUGCGUCUUCGGGAAAGACGGAAAGAGCAGGAACUGUUGGCAGAGAACGACAUUGCUGUGGCUCAGCACAUCAAGGAAACAGAAAUGAUGCUUUUAGAAGAACGGCUGAAGCAGUUCCAACAAUUGUGUGCCAAUGAUGAAGCGCUUGCUCGCCACAUUGAGGAAGCGGAACAAAAGGAGCGGCAGAGACGAUUAAAGCCAGUUGGAAAAGGCCUGGCCACUAAUCCCAAGAAGCCUGCUACACCCCCUCGCGGUCCUAUGGAUGUUUACAUUGGUCAGAAGACGCCUCGAUUCUAUGGCAAAUUAAUUGUUCCCGAAGUGCCCUGCUCAACACCUGAUGGCAGUUUAACCACAUCUGACAAAAUUAAAACUAGUGUGAAGAUAAGCCAAGAUUUCAAUACUCCUUCCACAUCCAUGUCAAGGCCUGGGAAUUCCUCCACUAGUUCAUCUAAGUCAGACACCAUGUGCAUAGUUCCAAAUAGUGCAUCAGAUAGUUUGGACUGCAGAAUGGGAAGAGAGUUGCGGGAAAUAACUUCUUCUCAGAGCUCAGAGUCUGAACCGGAAGAUUUAGUCUCGCCUUCACAGACGAACAUUCUGCGUCGGCCAGUCACGUCGGGCAAGGAAAAUAUGCAAGAAAGAAGAAAGAAUAGUCCUUGUAAAUUAGGAAAAGGAAAGGGGACAUUCAGUGCUAACAGAAGAAACCAAAAUGAUCAGUACAGCCCAGACAUUGAUAGUUAUAGUGGAGUCAUUGGAGUUACAGACAAUGGUAUUCAUAUUUCCAGAAAAGUUGAAAAUGGUGAAGACGUUGAUAUUGAAGAAUUUAUUUGUGCACAGACUCCAACCAAAACAAAGGAGAGAAAUAAUGUAAAAGUAUGUAAAGGCCUGGUGAGAGGGGACCACAACUCAAAGAGCUGUGCUUCCGAAACUGGUGGUAGUGAUGACGAACAGAUUGUGACGGCAAGUGAAGCGCACGACAUUCCACAGUGUAAUCAGAGUUCCGAGUUGGACCCGCAAACUGAUCUGACGUCGAUAUUUAGUGACCGGGAAGGCACAUCGGAAUCGCUGGAAUCACUGAUUGCCGAGCAACGUCAGUUGGAAGCCAGACUGGAACAGGAAGUGAAGGAUCAUCUGUUGGCAGAAUCCUUGCAAAAAGAGUUUGACCAGCAACGACGAGUGGUGAACAGAAGCAGAGGUUCUGAAGACGAAUACAAAUUGAGACGACGUAAAAAUUCUUCCCACAAAGUACCGUCCAUUUCGGCUGGAAAUUCAUCGCAAGUGAAAGGACGACAACCUACACUUAUGGAAAGUAUAGCCAAGCGUCACCGAACUGUAUGAUUGGCUUUGUAGGGAUAUGAAAAUAUGCUUUAAAGAUGUUAAAGUUAAGAAACAAAUUACAAAUAUAUGUAUUUAAAACUUCUGUAUAUAUAUUCUAUAUUAUAAAUAAUUAUAAGUGUUAAAUUAUUUAAAUAGGCAGUAGACCAUUUAUUUUGAGAAAUAGAUUUCGAAAAUUUCAUCUUGAGUAUGGAGGACGACUUUAGAUAUUCUGCAUGAAGCAAGUCAUGCUGCUAGCUUAGCACAGACAAUGGUGGUUGUGUGCUGUAUGCCUGGUUCCCCCUAGUACCAUCUUGUAACGCAAGGCAUAUCUUCGAAGAACUCUCACACCUGCAGCCUCUUAUUGUGAUUUGUCGUAGAGUAUUUACAUUUCCCUCUUAACCUUGAUUUAAACUUUCAGGAACCCUCAUUUGAUCAUUAUGGAACUUGUUUCCAUAUAUUGUGCAAUUAUUAUUUUCAUUUAAGUAUUUUCCUCAUACUGUAUUUGCAAGGUUUUACGUUUUGGGUUCAAUCCCACCUCAUAAAAUAAAAUAAAACUAUUGUUGUUGUUC